GAGCUCAGUUCCCCAAAACCUAUAAAAGCGGGAAUACUCAAGACAAAGAAAUCCAACAAGGCCAAUGAUUUCAGCGAUAUGGCUCUUUGGCCAACACCAGGUGAAUUAGUGAACACUGGAUUUCAGGGUGGCCUAAGCCAAGGAAAUAAGAAGCCCCAAAUUAGAAAAGAAAAAGAAGAGAAGGUUGAAAAGAGAAGUAACAGUGAGAGCAAAGAAAACCGGGAAACCAAAUUAAAUGGUCCUGGUGAAAAUAUGAGUGAGGAUGAGGCUCAAUCAAGUAAUCACCGCAAGAGAGCUAAUAAGCACAAGUGGGUACCACUCCACUUAGAUGAUCUUAGGCCAGACAGUCAAGAAAGACCUGGAUCCCGGAAUAACUCAAGAUGUCAAGCUGAAGCAAAUAAGUCAGCACAUAAUAAUAGGCGAAAUGAUACACGAAGUUGGAGGCGAGAAAGAGAAAAAAGAGAUGAUCAAGAUGAAGUGUCCAGUGUGAGAAGUGAGGGUGGUACUAUCCGAGGUUCCUUUAGAGGCCGAGGAAGAGGCCGAGGAUGGGGAAGAGGACGAGGCAGAGGAAAUCCUCGAUUGAACUAUGAGUAUACAUACGGUCAUGGAGAACAUGAUGAAAGGACUGAUCAGCCAUUUCAAACAGAACUUAACAGUGCGAUGUAUUACUAUGAUGAUGGCACAGGCUUGCAGGUGUAUCAUGUGGAGGAAGCAUUGCUUAAAGAAUAUAUUAAACGUCAAAUUGAAUAUUACUUUAGUAUAGAAAAUUUGGAACGAGACUUCUUUCUUCGGAGAAAGAUGGAUGAACAAGGUUUCUUGCCUAUUUCUCUGAUUGCUGGUUUUCACCGUGUUCGGGCUCUUACCACAAACCUUAAUCUCAUCUUAGAGGCACUGAAGGAUAGCACAGAAGUUGAAAUUGUGGAUGAGAAAAUGAGAAAAAGGGUAGAACCAGAAAAAUGGCCAAUCCCAGGCCCUCCUUCACGAACUCUGCCACAAACAGAUUUCUCCCAACUGGUUGAUUGUCCAGAGUUCGUGCCAGGCCAAGCCUUUUGCUCACAUACAGAGUCUGCCCCAAAUUCUCCAAGAAUUGGAAGUCCUUUGAUUUCAAAGAAAAAUACUGAAACAAGUAGUCUUCAAGCAAUGUUUAGAGGUUUAUCUACCAGUUUACCUGACUUGGACUCAGAACCUUGGAUAGAAGUAUAAAAGAGGCAUCAUUUGUCUCCAACCAAUCUGAGUGAUUGAGAUUAUGAAAUUGAGGACUGGGAUUUAAACAGAAUUUUGAUUGUAACUCAGACAGCACCGAGAAAACUUCCUGGCAGUUGAACAGGCAACCACAUGUUUCAGGCAAAACUUACAUCAGAAGUUGCUAAAGUUUUCAAUGAAGGCUUAUAUUACUUGAGGAUCUGUGGAUGGAUGGAAGAUGAAAAACAUAUGCAGCCACAAGAAGUUGAGAACUUUAAGAAGCUAAAUCUCAUUAGAGAGCAAUCUGAAAAGCCAACACUUGAACUUGCUUUUGAGCCAAACCAAGAAGUUUCUGUAACACUUCUACAGUCCAGGCAAGGACUCAAACUCAGGACUUUGCACCCGUCUGAGCAGAUGGGACCACAAGUGUGCGCCCCCACCCUAGCUGACCGGCAGCCCAAGCACACUAUACCCCCAGGUCUCUUUGUUACUUUUACUAGAUUUAAAUUGGCUCAGAUGCUGUUUGAUAUUUCAGAAAUAACUUUUGCAACAAAGGCCCUAUUCAUUGCCCACUGAGUUCCAGAAUCUCUGAGGAUACAUCCUUCAAGGACACCCAAAACAUCCUGAAUACCCAGGCUACAAGAUCCUAAGGAAACACCAAGAUUUUAUCCUGUUGUUAAAGAACCAAAAGCCAUUGCUCUAAAGAGUGCAAGAAACAGAAAAACAAGGCACGGUGCAAGUCCCCCUCGAUGUCACGUUGGUUGGGUGAUGGAGUCCAGAGAUCAUGGGCCAAGAACACCUUCUGUCAGCAGUUCAAAUCCUUCGCCUUCAGAAGCUGCACCACUCGUGGGAAGCUGUGGGUGUGCUCCCCAUCCGCUCCCCAAGUUCCAGCACCCUUCUCACGAGCUUUUGAAGGAAAAUGGCUUUACCCAACAAGUGUAUCACAAGUACCGUCAAAGAUGUCUAAGUGAGAGAAAACGCUUAGGAAUUGGACAGUCACAAGAAAUGAAUACUCUCUUUCGUUUCUGGUCCUUUUUCCUCAGAGAUCACUUCAAUAAAAAAAUGUAUGAGGAAUUUAAACAACUUGCUUGGGAAGAUGCAAAAGAAAAUUACAGGUAUGGGUUAGAAUGUCUGUUCAGGUUUUACAGUUAUGGACUGGAAAAAAAAUUCAGACAAGAAAUUUUUAAGGAUUUCCAAGAAGAAACCAAAAAAGAUUACGAAUCUGGUCAGCUGUACGGACUAGAAAAAUUUUGGGCCUAUCUGAAAUAUUCUCAAUCUAAGACACAUUCUGUUGACCCAAAGCUUCAGGAAUACCUCUGUAGUUUUAAGAAGUUAGAAGACUUCCGCAUUGAUCCCCCGAGUAGUGAGGAAUUUGGAAGAAAAAGACAUUCAUCUACUUCUGUGGAGGAGAGCAAUAGUCACAGACUUCUGUCUAAUUCCUCGACAUCACCCCCAAGUGCUGUUAAGCUGACACCUAGCGGGCAGCCUCAGGCGCCUUUAAACUCUCCCCGAAGGCUCGCUUCCCCGGAGUCCAGAGGCAGCUCACAGCAGAGCCGCAACGCGUCCAUCUCAACGGAGGGUGAAAUUCCUGAGAAAUAGACUCUUAGGAAAUCUGUGUGUCCUUGAAGUCAAUACUUACAUCAGUAUCUGUUUGGAAAAAAAUCUUCUGAUGUUUAAUUGUGAUAAUCAAAAAGAA